AUGGCAGGCAGCUACUUGAUCAAUGUUUCAGGCCCAGGUUUUUCAAGCCCCUAUCAGAUGCUCGCUCGUUUUACGCAUGGUUGGCAUAAAUUGGUCGAGAUAUGGGAGAAAGCAUUGAAAAUCUACGGGGAGGUUCUGAGAUUGGUGAGGAGGUUACCAAAGGACUCUCAACCUUACUACGCCAAGUACGCCCGCGAGAACUUCGUCAAUUACAGAGAGGUCGAGGCCAACGACGACAAGGCCCUCCACGAUCUCUUCCUCAGGGCCUACAAUCAUUCCCUCUGGGUCCUAAAUAAGUACUCUGUGGAUGAAUCUGCGGCUGAUAAGUUGAAGAAAAUCUGCUCCGAUUAGGGUGCCCGCCGGGGUGUUCGAUGUAAUGCCCCAGUGGGUUCUUAACCACUUGUUUUCGAAGUUUGAGUUUCUUUUGUUGAUUGUUUGACAGGG